AUGGAGGUAGAGGCAAGCCUGGCGUUAGCUAAUGCAGUUGGUGAGGACAAUGUUGAAGAAAAUAGGUCUCCUGUACAAGACGCCAAAGCGAUAAAGAAUGAAGUUGAGCUAGAGGGAAUAAGACAAUGUCACUUAAGAGAUGCUUCCGCAGUGAUAAACUAUUUUGCAUGGUUAGAAGAGGAGCUCGCCGCUGGAAAGAAAUUAACCGAGUUGGAUGGUUCAACACGCCUUGAAAAAUUUAGAGCGGAGUUAGAGGAUUUUGUGGGGUUAUCCUUUGACACAAUUUCGGCUUCUGGACCAAAUGGAGCUAUCAUUCACUACUCACCGCAACCAGGCAAAUGCGCGAUAAUUGAUCCGUCUCUUUUGUACUUGUGUGAUUCUGGUGGUCAAUACAGAGAUGGCACAACCGAUAUUACUCGUACAAUUCAUUUCGGUACACCAACUGAACAAGAAAGGCGAGCUUUUACUCGUGUAUUGCAAGGUCAUAUUGCUAUUGAUCAAGCUGUAUUCCCGCAAGGAACUACAGGCUAUAUUUUGGAUGUUCUUGCUAGGACAGCUCUAUGGAAAGAUGGUUGGGAUUUUCGUCAUGGUACUGGGCAUGGUGUUGGGCAUUACUUGAAUGUUCAUGAAGGACCCCAGGGAAUCGGCACUCGUAUUGCAUACAACGACACCCCAUUCCAAGCAGGCAUGACCGUAACUGACGAACCCGGAUACUACGAAGACGGAAAAUUCGGUAUUCGCAUCGAGUCGCUGCUCAUAGUUCGUGAAGUGAAAACGCCAAACAAUUUCGGCGAUCGAGGAUAUCUCGGUUUCGAACAUGUGUCCAUGGUCCCAAUUCAAACAAAAUUGAUUGAUAAAUCACUGCUGAAUCCGGCCGAAGAGAAAUGGAUCAAUGAUUUCAAUGCAGAGUGUCUUGCAAAGGUUGGGCCUUUGAUGAAACCUAAUAGUCCUGGAAUGAAGUGGUUGGAAAGGGAGGCUGUCAGUUUGCAAUAA